CUAAUGCUAACACCAUCCCUUCAUCCAAACACCUCUGCACUUUUAUCUCUUCUAUAAUUUGUCAAGUAUAACAUUAUACAUAUCGAGACUAGAGAGAAUGGCUUUUUCUUCUUCAUUUAGUGUCAUGUUUGUUGUGGUGGUUUGGAUGAUGGUGGGGAGCAGUAGCUAUGCUCAGCUCUCCACUAAUUUCUACUCUAAAUCAUGUCCAAAGGUGUUGUCUACAGUUGAGUCAGUAGUUAAAUCAGCAGUGUCAAAAGAGAAGCGCAUGGGUGCUUCUCUCGUCCGCUUGUUCUUCCAUGACUGCUUUGUCAAUGGUUGUGAUGGGUCAAUACUCCUAGACGACACUUCUUCUUUCAGGGGGGAGAAAACUGCGGCUCCCAAUAAUAAUUCCGUGAGAGGUUUCAAUGUUGUUGAUGACAUUAAGGCCAAGGUGGAGAAAGCUUGCCCUGGUGUAGUCUCUUGUGCUGAUAUCUUAGCCCUUGCAGCUCGGGACUCUGUUGUUAUUCUUGGAGGGCCCGGCUGGGAUGUUAAGCUUGGAAGAAGGGAUUCAAAGACCGCCAGCUUUUCUGCUGCGAAUAGUGGUGUCAUCCCACCUCCGACCGCCACCCUUAGUCAACUCAUCAAUAGAUUCCAAGCGCGAGGUCUUUCUGCCAAGGACAUGGUUGCUUUAUCUGGGGCUCACACAAUUGGGAAGGCAAGGUGCGUGCUUUUCAGAGGUCGCAUAUACAACGAGACAAACAUCGAUACUUCAUUUGCGAAGGCAAGGCAAAGUAGCUGCCCAAGAACCAGCGGAUCAGGGGACAACAAUCUAGCACCCCUAGACGUGGCAACCCCAGAUUCUUUUGACUUAAAAUACUUCAAUAACCUCUUAAACAAAAAGGGUUUGCUCCACUCGGACCAAAUACUCUUCAAUGGCGGAUCCACCGACUCAUUGGUUAAAACAUACAGCAGCAACACCAAGAAGUUCUAUUCAGACUUCGUUACUGCAAUGAUAAAGAUGGGAGAUAUUACCCCACUCACCGGAUCAAAUGGUGAAAUCAGGAAGAAUUGCAGGAAGCCUAACUAAUGGCUCUUCCUCCAUUGCUUUGCCCCAAUAACUGAGGACUUGUCUAGUCUACACAGUUUGCUUCUUUAUUUAUAUGGUCGUAGGAGGUCGGACAGUUACGAAGAAAAAACUGUACUUGCCGUUCGUUAUGAAUCCAACAACAAAAGAAAGAUAAUUGAUUCCAACAAAAUAAAAUUAAGUGGAAAAGAGAAAGCAUGCUAAUGUUUGAUGAGUUCCAGAAGGAACAAUGAUGCGUCUGUUUUGAUGCAAAUUAAUGAAUUUUGUGUUUUCUCUUA